AUGGCGGCUGUCAACCAGAACAUGUUUGAUGCCAGUAUCGCGAUGGACCGGCCGGGCGGUUCGUCGCUGAUGGUGCUGCCGCUAAACCUGAUCGCCCAGAUCGUCUCGAAUGUCGAGGAUACCGGCGACCUCGCGCGACUAUGUCGAACAUGUCGGGUUCUCAAUUACAUGGCUCUUCCGCAGCUCUACCGGAGCCUGACGCUGACCUCCUACGAUCGAAUACGUUAUCGAGGCGAACAGCCAGAGGGCAUCGGCAGCGGCAGCCCGUUCACGAUGGGUCUCAAUGCGGUGAUUACUCGGCCCUAUGCGACGCUGGUGCGCUCAAUGACCCUGCGCGGGGACUGGAAGGAACAUGAGCUGGAGGAACACGCCCGCGUGGGCCGGGUACCGGACUCGUCGAUGAUGCUGAACAUUGCCGUGCGAGCGGCGGUAGACCGGAUGACCGGCUUGGAGAGCUUUAGCUGGGAACUCAACACUAAAAUGCUUGAUACAGUCUACAACGGGCUCACCCAGCUGCCACGGCUGACCUCGCUGACCGUGCGAUUCCCGUCCAGUCGACACCCGCAACCUACGUUCGUGCUGCCGCCGAUGCCGCACCUGCGAUGCUUGAAAAUCACCGACAUCGACCCCCUCUGCUAUCCCGAUGACAUCGCCACCCUCCUUUGGAAGAGCAAAAAACUCCGCGAUCUGAGGUUGCAUUGGUCGCCGCGCAUGCGCAUCGCACAGGAGCCAAGUGUCUCGCUGCACGAUUACUUCCGAAAAUCUAUUGCCGCCAAACAGCCGCUUGCAGUUAAGAAGAUGUCGUUCUCGAAUUUGUACGCAUUUCACACGGAGGAAUUUAAUAUCGCGUUCGAUCCGACCACCGUCGAAGACGUUACCUUCCUCAGUGGUGCGGACAGUUCCAACCUGGUCAACACUUUUGUGGACAGCAGCUGGCCAACCGUCGUACCACAUCGAAAACUCAAGAUCAAAAGCAUUCGCAUGGAUGCGAUCUCAAAACGGAAUUCGGAGUUCCUCGGGAAUUUCUCUGGUCUGGAAAAGCUAUACUUUGUAAACAUGACCUCCGAUUCCAGCGAUUACCUCAAUUCCCCUCGGCCCGGGAUGGGCCCAGCCUCAUCUGCUCUGACACCACCGGUAUCAGAGAACCCCGGGGCGGCCAAUGGGACGGCAGGCAACUCUCCAACUGCCAUGGCUUCCCCCGCAAGCCAGACGAACUUGCAGCUGAAUAUCAGGGAUAGUUACAUUGCCAACAUCACAACAAAUCAUGGUGCGUCAUUGCGCCAUCUCCUUCUCUCUUCUCGGUGGCCUCUUUCCACAAAGAUGAUCGCCCGUCUGGUCCACAGCUGCCCGAAUUUAGAACAACUAGGGCUUGCCACAGAGUUCUCCAGUAUGGAGUCAUUGGGCUUACUAGUCCCCUUUCUCCGCAAAUUGGUCGCGUUGCGACUCUUGAUUCCCGCGGGCUCUGCGGCGCCCCAGUCUGGCGCGUCAAAUACCACGAUGCUCCGAACAUAUAAUACUCAACGUAUCCAAGAAACCUUUCCCAGUCAUCUCAGCAAGGUGGCAAUGGAAUUAAUGAACAAUGCCAAGAGCAUGGCGGAUGUUGUUGAUAUUGAUGACCGGAUACUUAUGGAGAUGAUGAGUUACGACAUGGCCAAUGAGCAGGUUUUUGAGAACUUAAAGAUCGUCGGUUUGGGCUGGAAGGCCUUUGAACUGCGAGAAUUCUACAAGACGCCCCCGCCUCCUCCGCCGGAGAACGAACCUGACUCCAACGCUGCUGGUGAUCAGUCGGCAGAGGCGACAAAUGGAAGCCCCAGCCCCGGGAAUGAUCCCAAGAGCGCCGGCCCUGAACAGCACACUGCUCCUCAACCUCAAGACACCACCUCCGGAAAUACCAAUACGAACCCCAUCGCACCUAAAUCUCCUGCUGCCGUUUCUUCUUCCCAGCCCACUUCAUACUCCAACCACCCCCCAUCAACAUUGGGAAAACGCCCCCGAGACGACGAUGAAAGCAAUGAAAGCAAUGAAAAUAGCAUGGCGCAGCGAUCUAACUCUGAAACGGAUGAACCGCGCCAGCCACGCUUCCAAAUCCAUGGCUGUCUCUCUCACAUCAUUACGACUGACGGAUACAUUCGCCGUCGCCGGCUGCGUCGGGUCGGAUGGGAUGUUUUGAAGCAUUGGGAGAUUUGGGGGUUGGAUUCGCAGGAGAUUUGA